AUGUGUGGCAACUGGAAUGACGAUCCGUCUGAUGACGAUCUGGAGCUUUCCAGAAAUGGCAGCGAGCUCAGCUAUCUCUGGGAAAUCACCAACAGCUCUCAGAGAUGUGAAGAUAACUCCAACGUGACCGAACUUGAGUGUCCCCAAUCUCCCUCUUUUAAGUCCCUGUGCUCCAUCAUCCUCGACAUCGCCGGACCCUUCGCUGCCUGUCACCGUCGUCUGGACCCUGAGAACUUUUACAAGUCCUGUGUGUACGACCUGUGCCUCCAUGGCACGAAUGGUACACGGCUUUGCAGAGCCAUCACCACUUACGAGAAAGGAUGCAUCCUCGAGGGGGUGCAUAUUCCCGCCUGGCGCAAUCCCAGAAUUUGCCCGAUAACCAAUCCAUGCAGAGAUCAGGAAUGCACGGCUGAAGAGUGGUGUGGAGAGCGAGGAGGCAAAUACGGCUGCUUCUGUAAUACGACAACCAAUAUCGCCAAUCACCGCACUUACGACUACAAGCUAACGUGCAAUGGCUCCAACAGCAGCAUUUCAUUCGCACGCUGCCUUUUAUUCAGCGAUGGGUGGGUGGCUCAAUCUCUUCACCUGAAUGAUCCCAACUGCAAGGCCAGUCUCAGACACGGGAGGGUUAUGUUCACUUUCAACAGCCAUCAAAGAUCCUGCGGCUCGAAGCUUAAGGUAAAUAGAACACAUUUUAUACAUUCCAACACUGUCCACGGAUAUAAUGGUGCAGAAAAUGGAAUUGUUGCAAGGAACCGGACACUGUCCAUAGAAUUCUCCUGCACAUUCCCGCUGACAAUUAAUCUGUCCCUGCCUUUGGGGAGCAUCGUGAAGAGGUGCCCGAAUUCUCUCAGUGAUGUGGUGAAUGAAGAAAGCGGCGUCUCCCCCAUUUGCCGAUUCAUAUUCUCAGGUUUUAAGUUUCAGGGCGAGGUGAAUGAUGUCUGCAUGCAUUGUCAAAUUCUGCUGUGCAAUUUCCGAAUGACCCCGUGCUCCCUGGAGUCAUGCUCGAUGGCAACCACGCGAUCUCCAGCUCUCUACUGA